CUCUCCUCAUCUGUUCCUCAGCUCUCCGGCUGUUUACCACUAUAUCCUGUGCUUCAUUACAGACAAAGGAAGCUCUCCAUAGGCAUUCAGUAGCUUGCUGAACCCAGAGAGAGAAGAUCCAGGAUGCCACGCUCAAAGUGUGAUAUCAUGUCCAAAGAGCCAAGCUCCAACUUGGAAAGCGCCAUGCAGAUGCUCAUCAAAACCUUUCAUAAGUAUUCCGGGAAGGAAGGCGAUAAAUACACGCUCAGCCGAGGAGAACUAAGGGAACUUCUGACGGAGGAGCUGGGAAAUUAUCUUGGGAAUGCUCAAGAUAAAGAUGCAGUGGAACGAGUGAUGAAUGACCUGGAUUCCAAUAAUGAUGGUGAAGUGGACUUCACAGAGUUCAUUAUCCUCAUGGGUGCGCUGACCGUGGCCUGCAACGACUUCUUUCUGGACAGCCCGCCGCCCAAAAAGCCAGAGAGCAAGGGCGAUGCAGCCACAACAGAGGAAAAGAAAGAGUAAUGAGCACAUGCUACUAGAACAGAGAGAGAAAACAGAGCAAAGUAUUAGUAGUUUGCAUGGUUGAUACACAAGAGAGUGUGUUUCAUACAUUUCUUUUAUCAGGACCGAUAAACCCGACUUUUCUCUUCUUUUAUAAUUCAACCCAAGCUGUUUAUACUUUCAAAGUAAAACUGACAAACCCUGAAGGCAAAGACUUUUCCCCAGUUUAAUGCCAGGAGCUGGUUUGUCUAACACUGAAUGUUUUUUGUUUAAUGAGAAGGUCUUAAGUAACGUCUUUCAGGAUGGGUGCCUUCUGUUUUAUAUGAGUGCAGACAUUAUAUACAGAUAUAUGUAGUGUUUUUGAAAGAGCAGCAAAGUGUAUUUUGAGUGCAGUAAGUGGCUACUAAAUGAAUGUCAAAGCCUGUAUUGAUAAAAAGUGGUGAGUUAUAGACAGUUAUGAAUGCUCAUUUUUAAUAAUUCUUAACUUUGACUUGAAAACAGAUGAUAAAGUAUUUAUAUUUAUAUCUUUCAUAAUGAUGUAAUUAUAAAUACCUUUAUUGUUGACAGCAGACAACAUUACGUCUACUUCCCGGUUACCAUUCAUUCUGAACAGUGUUCAUAAUCUAUAAUAAUUCAGUGUUGAAGAUGUGAACCCGGUUUGUCUCUUUCUGUGCAUCUAUUUUUUAGCCUAUAUUUUUAUUAUCAGUAUGUAUCUUCUUAAUUAUAAUAAACAUGCAAUUGACCUCCAUA